GCUUCAACCAUUCCGAAGAAAUCGGAUCGACAGUCGGUUUGCAAUUUUCGAUCCUGAUAGGAAAGCAUACUUCGAGUACAACUUUCUCUUCUUGUUGUUUUCAUUUGUAAUAUUUGAGCAGAAAGGCGAAAAGAACACAAUAUCAACACCAAAGAAUAGAGUAAAUCAAUGAAAAUGAGGCAAUGUUGCCUCGGUCACAGAGCGUGGCUAGUACAAGCGGCUUGCCUACUGAGCGUUCUAGCGCUCGCUGCACAGUAUGCAGUCGCAGUUAACCACCAGCAGCAGCAGCGGUACAGCCCAGCCAGGCUGGUUCUACACCCGGGUCAAUGUCUACCAUAUCAUUACAGUAUGAAGUUCGGUAUCCGCAGUACCGGCGGACAAGGCAAGACCAUCAUGGGAGUCGACGCAGAGGUUGAAGUGAGCGUUCUUCAAGAGCUUGACAGGAGACCACAGUCAUGGCUCUUGAAGCUGGUUAUCGACAAUCCCCGGCCUCAUGCAGAGCACCGUCAUGCGUCGACAGACGCCAGGCUGCUGCACAAACUAGGCAGCGAUUGUUUGUUCGAGCAGGACAGCGCCGGACACAUCAACUCCGUGUAUUUCCCACACAAUGAAACAGAUGAUGUCAUCAUAUUCAAGAAAGGUAUUCUGGCCUCGCUGCAACGUAACUUGACGGAUUUCAACUCUGGAAAAUCACAGUUCACAUCACACGAGACACUGGAGCAGGGUCGAUUCAAGGUGCACUACAGCGUUGAUGGUCAUGGGCCGAGAGGAAUGAGGCUGAAGCGCACAGCUCACGGCCAGCACAUCCAAUACUAUGCCGAUGAGCACAUGGAAAAGUCUGCGCCCACCAGCAAACUGCAGAAUGAUUUGCUCAUCGUGGACGGACAUCUGGAGAAGAAUGACUUUGCCUACACCAACUUCUUUAAUGGCCGCGGUGCCACCAAGCUUUCUCAACGAGCAAAGUCAUAUGAAGGAGACUCCACCAUACUGAUCAGCCGAGGACGACUGUGGAAGAGUGAUGAUGACUGUGAACAAGAUAAUCGACACAAGAGAUCAUUGGAGGCAUUUCUGGAUGGUGCCUCUGCAACAUUCAGCAAUGGCAGUUUGAUGAAUGGAGUCGAUCUAACCAAAAUCCAGUAUUCCAGAGCAGAAGGUCUUCACCCUGAGCCUAAGAAGCAGAUGUCAGCCGAGGAAAGACUUUAUGACGUUCUGUAUCCAUGCGUUGAGACAAUUGCAUCGUCCAAGUCACUGAAAUGUCUUCAUGACAUUCUCAUCCAUGCACGCAACGAUGCUGAAAUGGUAGCAGUGGCCGUGGAAAAGAUAUGCGCCGGCCAUUUCACAUCCAACAAUGAAUUCUAUGGUCUGACAGCAGUAGGUAUGGUCUCCCAAGACUCACACCCGUGUUUGAGUAACUUGCUGAUGAAUUCCAGCGUAACACAUGACAUCAUCAGCCACAUCCUGAUUGAUUCACACUUUGUCGAAGACCCGCAUCUUCAACUCGUCAACACCGUCCGUCACAUGGCUGAAAACCAUGGCAGCAAUUCAAUCCGCCACUAUGCAUCACUGGCACUUGGGUCUUUGUCGCAAGUUGUCAGUGAGAAAGAGCCUGAGCUGGCGGAGAAACUUCUAUCAUGGCUGGAAAAGCAGCUUCAUAGCUGUCCUAAGCAUGGUGAGCAGACAGAUGACGAAGUGGAACUGCACACGCGAGUCCACCUUGCAGCCAUUGGUAACGCUGGCAAUUGUGCAAGCAUUGAAAAGGUCAUCGGACAUCUACAAGAUCAUCGCAAGCAAGUUCGUCUUAUUGCCUAUGGUGCAAUGCGACACAUGAACUGUUCCAUUGCUGAGCAUCACUAUCUUGAACACCUGAAGAAUGGAACAGCAUCUCACCAGGAGAAGGCUAAUGUUGUUGAUCAACUGCGAGUGCGUCACAUGAAGAUGGGACUGAAAGGUGAAACCAUUGCAGCAAUACGUGAGCAUGCAAUGGCAGAAAUUGGCUUUGGCAAUGACUUGGAUAUUGCCAUCCACAAUUUCUUUGAACAAAACACCAACAUUGCUGAGGAAGAUGAGACAUUCUGGAACGGUUUACAGAAGCUGAGGGAAGAUCGACGGGCUUCCAAGGAUCGGCUGAAGAGAGCACUGACUGCUCGUGAUUUCCUAAAGCCUCUCCUUGACAUCACAGCUGGUGUAGAUGAUGGCUGGGAGAAGAAGAUUGGCAAUAGCUGGGUCGGCGCAGAGAUGAAAUUCACUUUGCGCAACCUCCUGCAGCUGUAUGUGUCUCUAUUUGACGGCAACAUGGAAAUCGACGUCUUCAACGAGGGUAUUAUCAAGGCAAAGGCAUUCGGUGGCGAUAUUGACAUUCUUCAUGGGAAAAUUGCCUUCCGUGCUCGACUUGCCUACAAGAGUCUUAUUCCAACAGAUCUCCUGGACACUGUGUGGGAUAGCAUCAACAACUUGGCUGCUUCAGCAUCUUCCGUCAUCAGCAAAGUGGUCGGUGCGGUCUUCAAGUUCCUAAACCUGAUGAGAUCCUAUGUCCGGCCAUUGCAGGGAUUGCUAGACACACCUCUGGUGGAACUUGCCGCACCUGUUGGCAGAUUCUUUGUAAUGGCUGACAGAGCUCUGGAAGUUGCCAGCCGUGCCGAGACAUUCAUCGAGAAAGGGGUUGAGCUAUUGCAAGAAACCAAGGCUUUCAAAGUUAUUGUCAAGGCAACAAAUGAGCUAGUCACCAUUGGAAACUUCGUCAAAACAUCUCUGGGUAAAAUUCGUGAGCUGAAUGACUUCAUCCGUGAGAAGGGACUCAAAGCACGUGACCUCAUCGAGACGAAUCUCAACCGUGCCAACGACUUUCUCCGCAACUUCGUGGAGAAGUACAAGCUGAAAACCAUCACUGCUGUCAGAGAAUCUGUGACGUAUGCGACCAACCUGGCCAACCGCACUAUCACAGCUGUGGCUAGCUCACAAAAACUGACGUCAUUCCUCUCCAACGUUGUGUCGUUCUUGAAUGGUGUCACCACAUUCAUUGACCAACUUCAAUUUUACAGUGGGAAGAUCCUGUCAAUUGACAUGAUUUUUAUCGAACUGAAUGGCCUCGUCACGGAUGUACAACAAUCAAUCGAAGCAUUUGUCUCCAGGGCAUUCCAGAAAGCUACAAGCAGACCAGAAGCCCGUGCCCUGUUUGAAAGCCUCGUGCGGGCAGUCAAGCUGCUGGAUGCUGCUAUGGCAAAGGCUGAGCCAGUCUUUGAGAAUGCCAUCGGGGUUGUCGACUCAGUUGAAAGGUUCUCUCUGCAGGUGACGGAUACGGCAACCCAGCGCAUCAACUCGUUCUUCACCUCUAUGGAUGGUGUAGUGCAGAGUGUGCUGGACAGUGAUGUGGUUGUCAAUGCCCUAGCCAAGUACGAAGGUAUCCUAGACACGGCAACAACAGCUGUUCAGACCAUCGACAUGAAGGUGGAUGAAAUAUCUGGCCUGGUCAGAAAUGUCAUCCAGAAUUUCACCACUGGCAUUGAUGGUCUCAUUGACAAGGCCGGCGAUGUCCUAUUGGGUGCACUGACGAAAAACAAGGUGGCGUCAACUUUCCAGGACUUGGUCGGCAAAGCUAGAGAUAAGCUGCUAUUUAUGGUACAAAAACUCACUGCCAAGGCUAACGAUGUCAUCAUCUCCAAGGUGAAACCUGUCGUCGAGGAAAUGAUUCAGAAAAUAGAACGUUUCCUAUUGACCGGAGUUCACAACGUCACAGAGGUAGUCUUAACGAACCUGGAGAACUUGAAGGACUGGGCAACCAAUGGAACCAAGUUUGGAGUCAUCCUGCGCAGCUCCAGAGAUCUCAUUGAUGCGGCGGCCAUGUUUGCCAAGACGAUUCCUGACAUUGGUCCCUUGGCAACUAAGGUGGCAGACGUUGUGCUGUUAACCAACAGGAUUCUUCUAGAUGAUGGUGGAUUCAACAUCGUCACCGACACUGUCAAUGGUCUUGCAGACAAAGCGAAUGAAAUCAUUACGACAUUGCCCGGGAAGUACCUAAACGAGGGCUUGGCACUAACAACUGGUUGGAUAAAGGAGCAGGAGGACAAGUUCACCAACCUGAUCAACAAUGCUGCUGAGAGCCUGGAUGUAACGAGGAUCGCUUCAUCGCUCCUUGCUCAGCUGAAAGAGAGGAGUAAAGAAGCGGUGAGAAGCGUCAUUGAACCCAUCUACUCCAUCCUGGACAGGUACACACUUAGAAUCAAGGAGUUUGUUGCUUCGGUGGGAGCCAUUAUUCCACAACUGAGAGCACAAACUGGAUUCUUAACCGACACCAGAUCGUUGGCUGACAAAUUCUUGACCAUGACAGGCGUCAAGGAUCAGUACAACAGCUACCGCCAGACAUUCCAAUCUGCCCUCGACGAAGCUAGGUCAACAGUCAAGCAAUUCCACGGUCAGUUCCGAGUGACACGGGCUGCCACACAGCGUUUGCUGAAGGAUCACCUUGCAAACAUCGAGCUCUACCUUGACCUUGAGUGCGUUCCAGGUGCCGUGUGCAUCACAGAUAUCCUUGUCCAGGACCUGAAAGAGAUGGCAUCCGGUAUGUCCAUUCUGCAACCACUCAUCGAACCUGCAAAGGCCUUUCUGUCCGGAACACUCUCGCAGCUAUCUUCUGCAACAACUGCCAUGCAGACUCAACUGGAGCCCCUCAGGACAAUUCAACCGCAACUGGCUCAACUGAAGGAUGCCAGCCAGUUCAUUGCCGGUAUUAUUGACAAAUUUGAGGUCAGCAGCCUUCUGUCCAAGCUGGAGUUGCUUCAAGAUGUCACGGACGUCGUGGAGACAAACAUCGCAGUGUGGGAACCGAGGAUAAAUGACAUUGUGGGUGAUACAGGUAUCCUGCAGCGCAUCAAGUCCUUCAGUGACAGAAUGUUUGGUGUAUUGGACUUCUGCGAGAAGUUAGAUCAAGUUCUGCCAACUGAUAGCGAGAUUGAUACGUUUGUGAGGGGCCUCAAUCUGACAACUUUGCUGACUAAGUUCCUUGAGGGUCCCGUUGGCGGUGUUCUGAAGCAGGUGACUACGCAAGUUCAGAAUGCAAGACAGCUUUUGACCCAGCUGAAGAAGGUUUCUGGUGCAGAUGUUCUGGGCCAAGCCGGUGACCAGAUCAGGCUCAUCACCACCCUCCCGGACAAGCUAAUUGACAAGAUCAAUGUCUACCUUGCCAGACUUCAAUGGCAAAGUAGAACUCUGGACCCAAGUGAGCUGGAAGACUACACAACAUUACAACACUGCUCCGAAACGCUAUGCCUGAACAAGAAGAAGCGCUCCAGUGAUGCCUACCGAGAUUGGGUCCUGCCGCUCAAAUAUCCGCAUUUCCAGACACUGAGCAGGGAUCUCACUGUGAUUCCCGGCCUUUAUGAAGACUGGCAAGCUCAAGGUGUCACCAUUCUCAAUGAUGACGAGAAUGGCAAAGACAUUGAUGGAAUCUUCCUCAUCAGCAUGUUUGGCACCGGCCUGAAUGCUGACAAGAACCCACUGGUUGUGGCCAUGAAUCAGAAAACAGACGAGGUUCUCAGAAUAUUUGAGAUCAAUACCGGUCUGGAGAAACACUAUUCAUACCGUCUGGGAAUAGGUCGAGCAAAGGACUACGUCUACCUGUUUGGAGUGGAGAAGGCCCAUAAAUCCUCUGAGAGCAUUGUGUUGUUUUCCCUGAAGAAGAGCUUGUUCGACCUGUCGUCACCAGAGCCUCUCACCAUCAAUAUCACCGCCAGGUAUGCGCCAGAUGCAGCCGGCUACGGUGUGUUCUAUGAAAGCGCCGCAAACCUGCUGUGGCUAGCUGACUCCUAUGACAACAGCAAGACUGGCACGGCCAAGCUUCCUGUUCCUUCGUCACACGUGAAAGGCAAAUACGGUGGUGCGGCCAUAGGUAUCAAACUAGACUCGUCCGGAAAGAUUAGGUCAUUGACACCAACCAAAGCCCUUGUCAUUGGGCCCUAUGUUCAGGACAUGAUAAUGAAGGUCGUCGGCAGUCACACCUAUGUUGGCUUGUUGGCAUGUGGUGACAAGAUUGGAUUCCCAUGCCGUGUGGAUUUCAGAGUCAUCCCACAAGCAUCCAGUCCUUUCAAGCUUGGCACGGCCCCUUUCAUCAACUUGCUCACCAAGGAUCCAUCGCGCUCCGUCCGAGUUCCCAAUGGAGCAAGUGGUCUGGCUUACACAAACAGCCAGGACGAUUCUCUCAUAGUCACAUUUGCCAGUGCUUCACAAGGCCAUCAGCCAAAGGCUCUUUUGUCUCUGAAUGAUGUUGAAGACAGCACCUGGUACUUUAAAUACCCAGUUAUGGAGGCCAAUCUCAAGAUCAAAGAAGCUAUCACUGACAAUGAGGUCUUCCUGAGGCUAUUGGGACGAGACGUUAUCUCGCCGAGAGAAGUGAUCCCAACAGGGAACACUACGGAAGUCACUGCAACAAGAGCGAACAAGCGACGACCUGCCCCCAAAGUGAAGGCCAAGGCCGUUCAGAAGGUUGAUUCCACUGACCAGGAUUUGCUUGACUUUGCUGAGCCGGAGGAAGAGAACACUGAGUUUGAUGACAUUGCUAACACGGGAGAGGGUUAUAGUGGCUGUUUGUCUGGCGGUGGACCACUACUAUCACCCAGGACGAAGAUCAUCUGGGAAUUCCGUCAGAUCUACCUCAUUGUGCCCCUCCUGCCAAUCGAGUUCAGAAUGGAGUUGAGUGCAUCUUACGGAAUGGACUUCGCUGGAGCCCUGUGCAUGGCAGACCGCUCUGUGAAGGCUGCCAUAAUCCCGUAUGUGUUUGCUGAGUUUAGAGCUGAGGCGGGUGUGUUCCUGUUGAUUGCUCGCGGUGGCAUUGCGCUGACUGCUACCAUCUUCAACACCAGGUUCAUCCCCGAGAUAACGAUGAAACUGACACCGAGCAAUGCGCUCCAACUGUGCUUGAAGACAACUCUGGAAGUCAUUCCAAUCUCGCUGCGACUCUCAGCAUACUACCAGCUGCUCCUGUGCCCGGCGUUGAAGUGUGCCAGUGGCUGGCUAUCCUGGGUAUGCAUACCGUGGAUUGAUUGGUGUGAUCGAGAGGACAUCACUAUCUGGCAUUUGCCGGGAACCGUCUUGUCAUCAGUGGUGCUGGACACAUGCGGCGCUGCUCCUGAUACCACGCCACCCAUCUACAACACUGGUGGUUCGGUCAAGGCAGACCAGGUUGGAGUGAAUGACAUUUCCUGCUCUUGGAAUGGAUUCAAAGAUGACGAGUCGUCCGUAGUGGAGUACAGCUUGACUGUUGGAACAUCAGCAGGUGCUGAUGAUAUCGUUGGAGACACAGACAUGGCCACAGCUACUUCGUUCACUCUGGAAGGUGUUCAGAUGCCACACAACAAGCAGGUAUUUGUUACAGUGAAUGCAAGGAACGACGAGAAUCUAAAAACAAGUCAGACAGCACGAGCGUUUGUUGCUGACACAACGCCUCCCCAGAUUGUGCUCCGCGAUGGAAACACGUCAUUCCCACAGGACUUUGAUUACCAAUGGAGUAGAAACACAGUGCAAGCUGUUCUUUCAGUUACAGAGGAUGUCUCUCGGCUUGUUGCAACAACUUGGGCUAUUGGUACAAUACCAAAUGGUACCGACUUGCAGGAAUUCACUGAUGUUGGUUACUCUACAAGUCUGCAGAAUAACAAUCUUGACCUGCAGCAUAAUCAUCGCUACUAUGUCUCUGCCUAUGCCCUAAACGACAAGACGAUCGAAACGUGGGUCUCCACUGAUGGUUUUCUUGUUGACACGACCAACCCUGUGUGUGGACAAAUUGUAGAUGAUUCGUUUGACAUCACAAAGGACAAAGACUAUGUAGUAUCAACAAUCAACUUUAAAACAGCCUGGUCUGGAUUCUCAGAUCCAGAAAGCCCAAUCUCACAUUAUGAAUGGUCCAUAGUCGAUGCCUCCGGUGCUAGACAAUUCUCGCUGAGGAAUAUCAACCUUCGACUGAAUGCUUUCACCGAUGGGCUCAACCUGCUGCUAGGUGGAACAUACCGCACAGAAAUCCGUGUUUGGAACAAGGCUGGGCUAUUUACGGACUGCUAUUCCGACGGCUUCCUUGUGGAUUACACCUCACCAGUGUGCACAGAGGUGAUCGACAUUGAGGAUGGUGUGUUGGAAGAUAUUGACUAUUCAUCAACACUGAAGGUAAUGGGUGCCAACUGGGAUUGCUACGACCCAGAGAGUGGAGUCAUAAUGCAGGAAGCUGGUAUCGGUUCUUUCCAAGGUGGAUCUGACAUCGUCCCAAUGCAAAUGUUCUCUGAACAAACUGGGGAGGUGAACGCCAGCUUCACGUCAUACACAAUUUCUGCAGGAAGUCCACACUUUGUCAUCAGCCGUGCCUGGAAUCGUGCUGGCCUCCGCAGAACGGUGGUAUCGGACGGUAUACUAGUGGACAAGACUGCACCACAUUUGGCUGAUAUCUACCUGUACGACAAUUUGCCCCUGCAGUACAGCCAGUUUGAUCAAGAUUUCCAAACAACUCUUCAGGCUGCAUCACCGUCAUGGCAGUAUGCCUUCCUUGACUCUGAAAGUCCGGUGAGAAGAUACGAUGUUUCACUUGUGAGCAGGAAUGGCACCGUUGUAGAUACCAUUGACCUGAAUGGUGAUACCACAUCUACUCUACUGACUAAUCUACAGUUGGAAAAUGGCGGUAUUUACACAGUCUCUAUCAAUUGCAGUAAUGCCGCUGGCUUGGUGCAGUCUGCUUCCACCGAUGGCUUCAUGGUGGAUGUGACACCGCCAGAGAUUGGCAAAGUAUUCGACAGUCAGGUACUGCGUGAAGAUCUCGCUUACUGGGACUUUGCAACUUCUAUGUUCGGUAACUACCCUCUGUGCUUAGCUACGCAUACAUCUGAUGCAUGGCCUCCAAAGACUGCUGUGAAGACUCCGGAUAUUUCAACAUGCUUGAACGAUACCUGGUAUGACUGGGAGUCAGGCCUCUCACAUGUGGAGACUGCUGUCUUUGCUGAAGAUGGUACCAUGGUCAUACCGUGGCAAUUUGCACGAGUGGACUUUGAAGUGACCGGUCGAUCAGGCAUUCUGACACAAGGACAAAAAUACUACUAUGCAGUCCGGGCACACAAUCGAGCUGGAUUGACAGCUGAGAGUCGUAGUGAUGGUGUGCUUAUCGAUGAGACACCACCGCAACUGAAGAACAUUGUGCAGAAGAUUGCGGAGACAAAUGAAGAUCUCACAGUGACUAGCCGCGACACAUUCAACAUCAGUGUCUCCUAUGAAUCGCAAGACAACGAGUCCGGUAUCACUGAAAGUGAGUGGUCCCUCGGUACUUACCCAGGUGGCUUUGACGUUGUACCUGUGACUAAAUCCCAACAGAAUGAUGGCAAGUACACUGUGCAGCUGGGACCUUUGUUUGAUGGUCAGCGCUACUUCUUAACAGUCAAGGCUAGGAAUGGUGCAAGACGCCGGGUAGCCAUAACAAGCAAUGGAUUUGUGGUGGAUAAAUCUCCUCCACACACAGGCCUGGUGCUGGAUGGAUGGAGUGACAUUGACAGUGUGUAUCAGUCUAUCAACACUACACUCUGGGCUAACUGGAGAUGGACAGGUGAUGAUGUUGGUCUUGCGUCUCGCCAGGUUGGCGUCGGAACUGGCAAUAUGAAUGCUGACUAUGCUCCGUUCAGUAAUGUUGAUCUUUCCACAGUGCGAUCCUCGGUUAGCCCGAAUGGUGGAUUCCCGAAUGGUGUUCGUCUGCAUUUCCUUGUGAAGGAAACUGAUCUAGCUGGAUCGGAGACUGUGUCUGCAUCCAAUGGUGUGGUGGUUGACUCAAGUCCACCAACAUGUCCAGGGCAAGUUCGCCCUGGUCUUCAAGGUCAGCUGACCUGGGCAAGAUAUACACACUAUUACACAGCUAACUGGGAUGCUUGUUUCGACGAUGAUACAGAUAUUCAGCAGUACUUUGUGGGCUUGUCCAAUUCCAGUGAUAACCUGUAUGAUGCAGUUAUUCCGUACCAGUCUGCAGCUUCAGCAGAUCAAGUCAUUGUCCGCAACGUUGCACUGGAAGAAGGCAAAGAUUACUAUGUGGUGCUGAAGGCAGUCAACAGAGCUGGAGUUGGAGCUGUAAUAAUCAGCAAUGCAUUUGCGGCUGACAGCACACCACCAAACUGCACAUCUAUCUCCGAUGGUGGAGUGGUAGAUAUUACGUGGACAAGCUCUCAGCCAGUACUUUCAGUUCACUUUCAGUGCAUGGAUCCAGGCAGUGGAAUACACCGCCAGGAAUGGGCUGUGGGUACCGUGCCAGGAGCUCAAGACGUGCAAGCAUUCACAGUCAUCCCUUCAUCCGCUAAUCAAGCUAGUGAUGCAUCCAUCAAUAUGCUAGAAGGACAACGCUACUAUAGUACCGUUCGUGUAACUAACGGUGUGGGCACACGUACUACAAUCUCCUCGGAUGGUAUCGCAUUCGAUCAAUCACCGCCACAGUUUACCUAUGUGAAUGAUGGUUCAGAUCACCUUGCUGACAUGCAGUUUUCAUCCAGCGCCACUGAACUACAAGCAGCAUGGAUGGUCAAUGAUCCACACAGCGGUUUGAUGAGUGUCAAGAUUGGAAUUGGUAAGCAACCAGACCUGGACGAUGUUGUCGCUUUCACUGAUGUUUCAUCCGUCACCAGCACAACACUGUCAGGAAGUUUUGAACACGGUGUGAAAUACUAUGUGACCAUCAGUGCCACUAAUCAAGCUGGUCUGGAAAACAGGGCUUCAUCUAAUGGCGUAACGGUUGAUUUGACUGCACCAACGUGUACGUUUGUGAACGAUGGCAAUGUUCUUGGCCAGGAUCGGGUCUACCAGACUUCACAGUCUUCAUUGGCUGUGAACUGGGAAUGUGCAGAUGCGGAGUCAGGCCUUCACACAAUCCAGCGCGUAGACCCAACCGGUCGUCUCAUUGAGCUGCCUGUCACAGGAAGUACAUCACUGUUCAGUGGAUUCCGCCUGGCAGCAGACACAACACAUUUCGUCAAUCUCACACUGACUAACAAGGCAGGUCUUUCAGCUACCAAGUCUACUAAUGGUGUGAUUAUCGACCUAUCACCUCCAACCUUCCUGCUUUCUCGCUUCACAUUCGAUCCAACAAGCAAAAGUGUGGAUGGAGAAUGGCAAGCAGAAGACACAGGAAGUGGUCUGAAGGAGUUUGUUCUGAGCAUUGGAACUACCCAUGGUGGAAGUGAUAUUCUUCCACUGACUAAUGUUGCAUUGUCCACAAGCUAUUCCACCAGCAGUGCUUCUCCAGCUGUUGCCAUACCGGAAAACUCGCAAGUGUUUGUCACUCUGUUUGCCUAUGACAAUAUUGGUCUCAGAUCACUGUCCAGUGCACGUGUCGUGACUGACACAUCACCACCUGUACUCAAUGGUGACUUGACGGUGUCAGUCGUAUACCCAGAAAUCACCAGUGAUACAGCAACAGCCAAUGUAUCCUUGGAUGUAGCUUGGUUUGGAUUGACUGACCCAGAGACUGGUAUUGCUGCAAUGGACUGGUUGCUGAAAGAGGCUGGCUCUCCAACUGGAACUGGAUUCCAACGUCUGUGUGACUGUGCGCCCGCACCAAACAAAGCUCAGCUUGAUAAUGUCCUGGUCACGAACAACAGGACUUAUGUGAUUGUGUUGCGGUUGACAAAUGGUGCUGGUCUUCAAUCUGACGUCGAGUCUUCUCCGUUUACUGCACUGUUUGGCCCUUUCUCUGCUGGUGUGGUGUUGGAUGGGCCAAAUGUGAACGACAGCCAACAGCAGAAGUUUAUUCGUAGCUAUUGGUGUUCAUGGUCUGGCUACACCGAUCCUACACACGGUAUUGUAUCUUACACAGCACAGCUUUUUGAAGCUGCUACUCCUGAAGUCAUGAUCAGCAAAAAAACGUAUGAGUCUGACCAUCAGAAUGCGUUUUUCAAUGGCUUGUCACUGGAGCAAGGAAAGUCCUAUUUCUGCAGAGUGUGUGCAACCAAUGCCAUCGACCGACAAGUCUGUGCUCAGUCGAAUGGAGCCAUCAUCGAUAGCACACCUCCCGACAUCAGUUCUGUCAACUUCAAUCUCCCACAGCGGUACAUUACAUCGCAAGAUGAAGUGUGGGUGGAAUGGGAUGCCAGUGACCUGGAGAGUGGUAUCUCACAUGCAACAGUUGCUCUUGGUGUCUGCUGCCAUGUCACCAACCUUCUACCAUUCACGUUUGUUGCAGAAGGAACGCAACAGUUUGACAUUCCACAGCAUCUGCUAAGGGAGAACACAUCUCCAAUUGUGGCAACAGUUAGAAUCUACAACAAGGUUGGUCUGUUUACCGAGAGGUGCAGCAGCACAUCAUUGACUAUUGAUGAAACACCACCGACUGCUGGUACUGUGCAGUUGUCCAAGACACAAGACGGCUUUACUCUGCAUUGGUUUGGUUUCACGGAUGCCAGCAGUGGCAUUGAGAACUUCCAUUGGGCUCUGGGCACUACGCCAGGUGACAAUUCCAUUAAGGAUUGGUUCAACGCAGAACAAGCUACAUCCGCAGCUACUCCUAAGUUGCCAAUUGCCCACGGCGAGUCCGUAUAUGCCACUGUAAUCGCAACGGACAAAGCCAGUCUUCGCACUGAGGCUUACUCUACGGGAAUUGUCUUUGACACAACGUCUCCAGAACGUGGUGUGGUUAUUGACGGACCGGGACCAGAGGAUCUUGACUACCAGACCGAGAGCAGUAUUUCUGCCUCUUGGUCCGAGUUCAGAGAGGAUGUCUCGACUAUCGUUGAAUACCAGUGGUGCAUUGGUACAUCGGCUGGUCAGUGCAACACCAUGGCAUACACAUCUACUGGCUUAGAGCGAACUGCAUCAACUGUGAUCCCCAGCUCGGCUGUAGCCGUCAAAUAUUACGUGUCUGUGAAGGCAGUCAACUGCUUUGGCCUGGAGAGUGUUCAGACUAGUGACGGUGUGGUUGUCGAUAAAACAGAGCCAGCUGUGGCAACCGUCCGCAUUGGUGAUCUCUCUUCGAAAGCUCAUAAGAAAUUUAUUGGUUCUGAUGAGCUCCAGAUUAGCUGGGAUAACUUUGUUGACGCAGACUCUUCAAUCAAAUCAUACGAAUGGGCUCUGUGUUAUGCCAAGGACAGUCGCUGCAUCCGGGACUUCACAAAUGUUGGCCUUGUAACAAGCGUUGUCACUCCUAAUGUGCAACUCCCUACUGGUGAGUGCCUGGUGGCUAAAGUACGUGCUACAAACAAUGCUGGUCUCUCUGUCAUCGGAAUAUCUUCAAGUACAACGUUUGACUUCAGUGAGCCAGAGGAUGGUGUGGUUUCAGCUAACAGUGCUUACCAGAGUGACAAGAGCCGUGUAAGUGCAUGGUGGACACCAUUCAAAGACACGGACAGUGGUAUCUUGAGCUAUGAGUGGUGCAUUGGCAGUCUUGUCACUACAUGUGAUAUUCUACAUUGGACAGAUGCUGGUGGAGAUUUGUCUGCAACAGCCACUGGCCUGACACUGGAGGAUGGGAAGAGCUACUUCAUAGCUGUCCGUGCAACCAACCAGGCUGGCUUGACCUCGGAGGUUCAGUCAAGCCCAUUCGUCGUUGACUCUACUCCACCGACCUGCGGAGCUAUUCGUGAUGGCAGCGAAAGAGUAGAUGUCAGCUAUAAAUCAGGCAGUGAAGGCUAUGUUGGAUCAUGGGAUGCUUGUGAGGAUGAUGUCAGCUCUAUUGUUGGAUACCGAUGGGCUCUUGGAACAUUGCCCGGUCUCACCGACAUUCAAAACUGGGUCUUCACAACGUCAGCCUCUGUUGAUGCGAGAAUCGCCUAUCGGGAUGACGGAACUGCUGUCUAUCUAACUGUUAUGGCUGAGAAUGGUGCUGGUCUGACACAGAUGAUUAAAUCCGACGGAGUUAUCAUUGACAACUCACCUCCCUCCACACCGCAGGUCUCCUUCGGAACACCAUCAUCUCCUUGGAGCAAGCACCAGCAGGCAGUGUCUGAUAUACCUCUGUUUUGGUCUUCCUCUGACGAACAUAGUGAUGGACUGGUCUUUGAUCUCUCACUCUGCUACUAUGCAGCUGAUGAUGUUGAGGUAUGUACAGUCAGUGACUUGAGGGUGAUCGGUAUGGACAGCUUCACUGUAUCAUUGGCUGAUGCACUCACUGGUGUCUGCUACUUUGCAAAGAUCACAGCUAGAAACUCUGCCGGACUGGCAUCACCUGGCACAUCAAGCUGUCUUGUGCUCGACGAUACACCACCGGAAGGUGGCGUUUUCUCCAACGCCAACAGCGGUACAACAUUCAGCAGUGUCAAGAAAGUAUCUGCUCGCUGGAGCCAGUUCUUUGAUCAACAGAGUGAGAUAAGCUUGGUGGAAUGGUGCGUCGGAUCAUCAGAGAUGGCAAUUGAUGAUGCCAUGGCUUGUCGGGAAAUAAGCAAACUUUCCACCACUCAAUCUUUCGAGUCGGACUCUCUCCAGGAAGGCGGCACAUACUACACAACUGUGAGAGCAACUAACAAGGCAGGUCUUACCCGAACACGUGUCUCUCCUGGACUAACCCUGGACUUCUCAGCACCACGCGGUGGUAUUGUGCGUGACGGUCGUUCACAGUAUGAUCUUCAAUUCUCUGGUACGACAUCAUCAUUGUCCUGUGCCUGGGCUCUGUUUGCAGAUAAUGUCAGUAGUAUUGAUCACUAUCAGGUGGCGUUUGGAAACCUGCCUGGACAGACUGACAUUGCACCUUGGCAGAGUACUGGUACUGCUACAGAAGUGACCGUGCCAGCUGUGCUGCAGAUCGGACAGACAACAUACUGCAGCGUGCGUGCUUUCAACAGAGCUGGUCUACACGCAGAGAAGAGUACUGAUGGAGUGUUGAGUGACAAUUCACCACCAACAGAGGGAACAGUGCAGAUUAGCUCUAGCAGUGGAUUCCAGAAUGAUGCCGACUUGAUCGCUGCAGAAUGGAGUGGCUUCUCUGAUGGUGAGAGUGGAAUUUCCCACUACGAGUGGAGAAUCUGCCAAGUCUCUGGAAGCGCUUGUGCAACUAGUUUCACUAGUGUACAUCAACUGCAGAAAGCUACCACCCAAUCAGCAGGCCUCACGGACGGUCUAACAUAUGUAGUACAGGUCAAGGCUGUGAACAAUGCUGGCUUGAGUACUAUUGUUACAUCAAUGUCAACUAUCACUGUUGAUGAAUCCAGUCCAGACGUAGGCCCAGUCUUCGAUGGUAGCCAGCGUGGAGUAGAUGUUCAAUACCAGACCAACACCACUCAUCUUUCAGCUUCUUGGGAAGGCUUCCAUGACUUUGGAAGUCCACUGACUGAGUUCCGAGUAUGUGCGCAUCAGUCACCCAAUCUCAAUGAAUCUCUGGUCUGUUAUAGGUUAUCACCAGCCAUGACUGCCUUCACAAUUCCACUUCAACUCGAGUCAGGAUCAACAUACGCUGUUGAGGUGGAAGCCACCAACGCUGCUGGCAGUUCUGAGUCAGCAUUCACUGAUGGUGUGUUGGUUGAUGUUUCACCACCCAAAUCCGGCAAUGUCUCAGAUGGUCUUCUGGUGACUAUGGACAUUGACUUCCAAUACAAUACCGCAGGCAUUGGUGCAACGUGGAGUGGUUUUUCUGAUGAUGAGAGUGGCAUUGCAGACUUUGCUUGGUCAGCUGGCACUUCACCAGAAGCAGGAGAUAUCUUCCCUCUGACCUCUGUCGGAAUGGCAACUGAAGCUCUCUCCACGGGCUAUGCACUGAGUAAUGGUAUGAAUGUCUUCAUCACUGUAGUUGCCACCAAUGGAGCUGGCCUCACAACCAAGUCAACAUCCGAUGGCUUCAUGAUUGAUAGAACACAUCCACUAGCUGGAAAGGUUCUGGAUGGGUUGUCCAGCGAUGCUCGUGAUGAUCUUGAUUACCAAUGGAGCACAUCAUUCAUACAGGCAACGUGGAGUGGAUUUGUGGAUGCUGAAAGUGGUAUUGCUGAGUAUCAAUUUGCUCUCAUGGAAGAAACAUUUGAUGAGAAUGUAGAUGAUUGGCUUGAUCGCAGCGUUGUCGUGGAAUUCAACUCAGUCGGACUUUUAACAUCACUAAAUGUAUCGGUGACACUAAUUGCGGGUCGACGUUACACUGUUGUUGUGCGUGCUAUCAAUGGAGCUGGUCUGGAUAUUGCAGCGGAAUCAGAUGGCUUCGUUGUGGAUAGAGAGCCAAUCGAGGUUGCUGUGGACACGUGGACGGGAGGUAAUGUCUAUGGAAGUUCGUUCAUUGGUGACAGAACUCAGAUUGGAGCCACUAUCAACCUGCAGAAAAACACUACGAUUCGUUCCUCAACUCAAUUCCCAUGGGUAUUCACUGAUCCACGAGCUGAGUUCUUCCUGUCAGUUCCCAGUGUUCUUGUGGAAGACAACAGCAGUAUCACAAACACGUUGAGUAAUCAAGAAUCAUUUACAUUGACUGGCUACUACGCAACUCAAAACCAAAGUCUGGGUGUCUAUGAUGACAUUCCUAGUCCAUGUUGCAGUGAGACACGUCAAUUUGCUGAAUCAUCGCACAUGGAAAUGUCAUUCCAAACAACUGAAAAACUCGUUGACUUUGCAUCAUCUGCUGCUGUCUCACCUUCCGGUCACUUGGCGAUUGUGUCCUCUGAACUCAUCUUUAUUGUUCAUGUUGACCAACCCUCCAACCCAGUGUUCAGUUAUCAGUCAAUGCCAGGAGAGAACUACAAGGUGUCUGUGUCUGCUGGUCUGGUCGUAUUCUCAGCGCAAAGCAAGGUGAUCAUUGUGAAUGCGACAAUGAAAGCGGUUACACUGGAUAUCAGUGCACUUGCUUUGUCUUCAGUACUAGCAACAACAAUAUCACCAGAUAACAUUGUGUAUGUACUUGGCAGCAGUGCAAGUAAUGCCAUUCAACUGAUAUCCUUGGACAAGACGGGAAGGGUUCUAUCAAGAGUGUCAGUGGAUGCAUCAUUCGGUAGCUUGCUACUUCCAAUGUACGCACUCACAGCAUCUGAUUCCUACAUUGUAAUCACUGAUGGUAUGCAGGUGCUGUCCUUCACAACUAAUCAAGGAGUACUGAACAUGCAAUCUGGGACUGUGUUGACGUCCGACACUAUCCAGUCCAUUCAGCUUAUUCAACUGGGUUCAAGUCAUCAGUGUAUUGUACGACACACUGACCCUGCAUCAUCUUCUAAUAGCAAGGUGGUAAUCUUUACUUUAGAAGCAGAUGGCAGUAGCAGCAGUGCAGCUGAAUGUACUGCCACUGAUGCUAUACCAUCUGGUGAUGCAAUGGCCUGGCAGGUUAGGGAUGACGCUGGUGGACUGCUAGCAGUUUCCACCUCAAACAGCAUGCUACUGGUGUUUGACAUUGAGAUAUCUGCUGGCAGUGUUUCUUGCAGUCGCUUCGGUGCAGUCAGCAUGUCCGCCGGUCAGCAGAACAGUGCCACUGCCCCAUUGUCACUUUCAUUCAACUACCAGUUAUUGACAGUGUCUACGUCCGACAACAAGCUCUACAUCACUCCAUUCUGUCAUCAGAACUACAGUCGGCAAGCAACAACCGAACCAUCCAGCUUACCAAGCAUGUGUCAGAAGUGCCCAUCAGGAACGAUAUCCAGUGGUGGUGCUCUGGAUAACUGCUGGUUCUGUGAUGAUGUGACUGGCUGUGUACAACCAGACCAAGAGCGUAUCAAUAUCAUGGCACCAGUUGCCGCACCUGGCCUUACAGAAGACAAUCUGUUCCUAUUGGAAGUGAACGCUAGGACACCAUCCGGCAAGAUAGCCAGUGCCAGGUCUAGGACAUUCACUGUGGAUAGCACGCCACCAGUUGCUGGCAAAGUCUCAGAUGGAUCUGGCAGUCAGGACGUAGAUUUCUAUGGCUCUCUUUCGUUCCCGUUCGAGGUGACAUACAAUGGCUUCAGUGAUCUAGAAAGUGACAUCAACAACUACAUGUGGUGCGUAGGUACCAAGCCGGGCAUGUGCGAUCUCAUUGAUCUCAUCACUUCCGUCAAUGGCUCAGGCCAGGCAGAAUGCAAUGGGUGUAAUAUCCAGCCGUUCACUAUGUACUACACAACUGUCGUGGCUACAAACUGGGCUGGUCUCAAGGUCAACCAGUCAUCCGAUGGGUUCUUAGUGGACCUGAGUCCACCGGAUGUGCUGUAUGUUAAUGAUGGGUAUGAUGCACCUGACCAGGAGAGGCUAGUCUUCACAGAUGCUGUACCCAUCAACUGGAAUGCAUCAGAUGCUGAAAGUGGCAUUGCCAACUACCUGAUCUCCCUGGGAACGACACCUGGUGGAAGUGACAUUGUUAAAGCAGCCCGUGGUGGAGUUAGAUUCCAGUAUAUCCUACCAAACGUAAAUUUGCAAGUUGGCGUUCGCUACUUUGUCACUGUCAUUGCAAUCAACAAUGCUGGCUUGAUGACCAAUGUGUCAUCCAAUGGAUUUGAGGUUGGUGGCAGCUUGGUUGAUGUUCCAAAGGAUGUGGAUAUGCCAACUGUGCUCUACUUUGACAAUGCAGAACUCAGUGCUAGCGUGGACCCGAACCGAACUGUUGACCCCAACGACAAAUUCCCAGCCAAUCGCGAGGAGACAAUCGGCGCAAUGAGAAUGUACCCUAGCACUGCAGGUGAUACUGUUCAAAUGAGAUCUGAGAGACUGUUCCCAUCGGGUGGCGGUGCUCAAGCAGUGGGUAGGAAGAGACGUGCGACUGUGCCGCGACUGGAGCAACAAGGCACUAUCCAGUAUGUAGCUCCUGACUCCAAUCCUCCGGAGGGCUGGAUGGAUGGAAACUAUACAUUCUCGGUACGCAUUAUGUGGCUGAAUGGCACUAUUGUGGAUGAGCUUGUCAGCAAAGCAGAGCCUAAUGAAGUCCUCGUGCUGUACAGAGCUGCCACACUUCUACAAGCCAAUAAGGAUAUUGUCGACCUUUCCAUUCCUCAUGAUGAGCUUGAAGUCAUCAUAAGAUACUGGGACACUGUUAGUAAAGAAUGGUUAGAACCAUCGUGCCCAGAUUGUGCUGUCAAGUCCAUCUUCAACAAGACAGACUCAUCAGUCACCAACUUCGUCAAGUCUGUCAUCAGUCCUGCACAGUACGCUACUUUCUUCAGGUACCCGCGUCAAUCGGGUGUCUUCACUCUUCCAACUCCAUCUUCCUGCUUGGUCACACGGAACACUGGCACUGCAGCAGUUGACCUGAAGAGAAACUACGGAGCCUAUGGUGAUGUGAGUGUAUCGUGGACUGCAGAGCCAUUGCACAGCUUUACAGGUAGCCUGCAGAGUGAAGGAUCGCACAGUGUGGCGCAAGGUGUUUGGGAUUCCACAAUUCAGCUCCCUGUUCCGGCGCCUACUGGUAGUCUGGGUCAGAUCAGGCUACGACUUAAGUCUGCUGAGCCGAAUGCGUUUGUAGAUGACUCAACCACCAUAGUUAAUGUCCUGAAGACUCAGGCACAGGGUGGGGUAGUGGAGUUCGACCAAACAGAGAUGGUUGUAAGUGAAUCAGCUGGAACACUUUCCCUGAAGAUCGUGAGGGCAUGCGGCACGCGAGCAACAACUGUUCGAUUUUCAGUAGCAUUCCAAGCCAGUCUGGAUGAAGCACCAUUGAGUUUAUCAUCUUUUGAGACUGGAGAUUUCCGCACGGUCUCCGGUGUUGUGGAUAUUGCCAGUGGUGAAUCAUCUGCUAUGUUGACAGUAGAUAUCAAGGACGAUGUUGUUCCAGAGUUGAAUGAAACAAUUGUCCUCACACUGGUCUCAGCAGAUCAAGCACAUAUUGGUGUACGCUCUGCAAUGCAGAUAACCAUACUGGAGAAUGACAACCCAUAUGGAGUACUGGAGAUGGUGCAAACCAAUAUUGUAGUCAGAGAGGGCUUUGACAGUUUUGCACUCGUUGAUGUCUCAAGACAGCAAGGCUCAUUUGGAUCUAUCAUCGUGCACUACACAGCUUCAUCCGAUUCAGUUGCCAUGGGUGAUGUGAAGGCAUUGGUCGGCCAGGACUAUGUCGGUGGGGAUUCUAUGCUUGUAAUGCAGCAAGGAGAAGUGUCGGGAACAAUCCGCGUGUCGAUCAUUGAUGAUGCCAUUGUUGAGCAGGAUGAGAUGCUUAUUGUUAGUCUCACUGGAGCAGAUGGAGGUGCUGUCCUGUCUGCUAGCACCGAUACCAAGGUAACCAAGGUAACCAUUCUACCAAAGAAUGAUAACACUCCAACAUUCAUGGACACCGUAAUGAGCUUCACACUUGAAGAAAAAGACAUUGCGGCGCCUGGCUUCAGCGUUGGAAUAACUACAGCAACCGAUCCUGAUCUAGGUGACAGAGGAAAGAUAUCGUACGGCUUGACGGGUGGCUUCUGCAACUGUACUUGGUUGCAGAUCAACAGCACAAGUGGAGAGUUGAUUGGUGGUCAGGCACUCAUGCCAUGGAAUACUAAGGAUUUCUGCGUUUGCUCGGUGACCGCUAGUGAUAGUGGUGUUCCAGAACGAUCCUCUUCAGUCAUGGUCAACAUCAACAUUGUUUUUACUGAGAGAUGCCGAGUUGGUACAGUGUCCGCGGAUGGCAGGCUGCCAUGCACGCCGUGUCCAGUGCCUACCUACCAGGAUGAACUUGGUCAGCAAACAUGCAAGAUGUGCCCGGAUGGUUUGUCAACUGUGAUGAAUGCCAGCUCCAGUGCAGCACUAUGUCUUGCACCAUGUGAGAAAGGCCAGUAUUCAAGCGGUGGUCAUGGACACACUCCAUGUACUCCAUGUCCACUAGGCAUGUAUCAGAGUUCCACAGGGCAAAGCAAGUGUGACCAAUGUCCACAGGGAAUGUCAACAGCAAUGCCUGGAGCGUCCAGUGCAAGUGACUGUGCUGGUGAUACGGAUGGUGAUGGUCACCCCGACAAUGUGGACAACUGUCCCAAACACUCCAAUCCCAAUCAGAUCGACACAGACGGCGAUGGCAAUGGUGAUGUAUGCGACUGCUCCACGGCUGGCAUGUGCUUGAACAGUGCCGUGUGUGUCGGAGCUGUGAAGGACUUCACUUGCGAGUGUCGUGUUGGUUUCACCGGUAUGCACUGUGAGGAGGACGUUGAUGAAUGUCAGUCUAAUCCCUGUCAUGCCGGUGCCAUGUGUCUCAACAAUCUGGGUCGCUACGUUUGCAUGUGCAACAUGACGAGCAUGUGGGGUUUCCGCUGCCAGCUGAACAAUCCAAAGGAAAUUCCGGUGUUGGAAAACACAGCAGCAAACACCACUAUUGGCCAAGUCACUGCAUCAGACCAUGAAGAGUUUGAGGCCAUCGAUUUGCUCUACGCCAUAAUCUCAACCGACACUUCACUUCCUGUCAGAAUCGAAGCAAUGACAGGAACGCUCAUCCUUGAUCGGCCAAUCAACUUUGAAACACAGCCUGAGUACAGCUUCCAAGUUCAGGCAACAGAACAAGACAUCGUCUUCCCUCUUGUGGCGGCAACGGCGACUAUUGAUAUCAUUCUCAAGGUGCAAGACGUCAAUGAUAACCCUCCAGUGUUUGGUCAGAGAGAUGUACAGAUGACGGUCAGUGAGCGUGAGCUGACAGUUGGUUCUAUUCUUACAACACUGCUGGCAACUGACAAAGACUCACUGGAAAGUGGUGGUGGCAGUGUGACAUAUGGCAUGGACGUUGCUGAAUACUGUAUUCCAGAAAUAGUGAUGGGAAAACUGGAGCAGUCAUGUUUCACAGACAAUGUGGAUGCCAUGGCACAGAACUUUGAAUUGGAAGAAGACACAGGAGUACUGCGUACUGCACGGACAAUCAUGUGGGAAAAUCUCCAGUCAAUAAACUUUGUGAUAACAGCCAGUGACUCUGGGUCACCUUCACUACAAUCAGAACCAGCAUUAGUGUCAGUCACCAUUGUUCCUGCCAAUCGGCGCACUCCCACUUUCGAUGAGUCACGUUAUGAGAUCGACCUGAUCGAUAGUGACACGCGUGGUCGCAUUGUUCACAAGUUUGUCGCUACGGACGGUGAUGGUGGCAAUGCAGGACGGAUGACAUUCUCAUUACCACGGCGACAUGACAGGGUCUACUUCUCCAUUGAGCCCGACACUGGAAUAAUGCGUGUCGUGAGGUUGUUUGACCGCAGGACAAAUCGCAAUGGAGUAAGAGUAGUGGUCAAGGUUGAGGACAAUGCAGAUGCUCCAGAGAAGAGGCGCUCUUCAACUUCAACUGCUCAUAUUGAGGUGUCAAGGUCAUUGGCGGGAUCCCGAUUGGACAGGGUCAACGGCAUUCAUCUCUCAGUCAGACCUAACCAAGCUCUUUCAGGUGACAUUAAGUUUGUCUUCAACACUCCUAGCUCGCCUCGCACUGCUGGUGGAUUGUUUGCAUCAACAACAUUACUCCGGGCCCUGGGAUCAUUCACUCCGCCAAGCACCCGACCACUGCGUCUACCGUCCACUGUUCGCCCGUCUGCAUUCUUCCUCGUUCUCGAUGACCGCUUCCGUGGCCGAAGGAACUAUCGCUGGCCAAGCUUUGGUUCCUUUAUCACAUCUUUGUUUCCCAAGACUCUCCGAAAUGGGGAGUUCAGAGCAUUCCGGACACGUUUCCCAGAUGUCAUGUCGUCUGACUUGAAGCAUAUCGCCUAUGAGGAGACGCUGAACCGAUUUGUUGUUGUUGCUAGGCUGCAGGAUGAUGAAACGUACACUGGUCGUCACUUUAACAUGCGUAGUGGUGAGGCCAUUGCCACUCUGUACAACUACCAUGACUCUGGAAAUGAGGAACUUCACAUAUUUCUGGAGAUGGAAGGUACCAUGUUUGGCCGGCCUGUAGCCGCUGCUCAAACAUAUAGUGAAGAACACCAGCGUUACUCGUUCAAGGUUGAGUCCCGUGUCCAGCAAUUCUCUCUGCAGACUGUCUGCAAUGGGGUGGAGGGCGGACGGCGAGGCCGUUGCUCUCAAUUCCAGGGAAGACGGCAACGUACAGCAGUGGUUGUGGAGGAUGCAGCCAUAACUGAUGGGUACACCACUGGUACUGAGCUAGAGAUCUCUGGCCAAACUGCCUAUCCCGAUGAAGGUGCACAUCAGCUGAGAGCAUUCGUAAGCAACAAGAACAAUGAGAGGAAGGUGAUUGCAAUGAUAAUGAACCAGAACUACAGUCUGGCAAACUUGCUUGGAGCAAAUGCACGUGGACCACCAUCAAUGGCUGACAUGCUGUGCACAAGCACAAGACCAUGUUCUAUGACAACUAUUGUUUCGUCCGUGGAUUCAUUGGAUAGUCUACCGGCUGUUGUAUCUCAACAGUAUCCAGCAGGUGCUCCAUUCGAUGACGGUCGUAAUCUGGUAGUUACAACUCAACUCCCGGAGGAUUGUGCUGCAAACUAUGCUUGUCACUUCCUGUCCAAGCUAGCUGGUGGUAAGAACGUAAUGCUGCACAGCCGAUUGUUACCUAACCAGCCCAUGGAGUUGACAGCACUGGUGAGUACAAAUCAACGCAUCGGUGGUAUCAUGAUGAGCGAUGUGGAGGUCUUGAUUACUGGCUCCGAUAAUGUGGACGUUGGCUACAUGCUGAUGAAUCUUCACCUACCGUGCCAGAGAAAUCUAGUUGAGCUGCAAGGAGGACAGACUAUAAAUGCACGAAGUCCACGCUCUACUGCCUACUUCACGUCUGGGCAAUUGGUGGAUAAUUUCUUCGGCAUCAAAAACUUGCACUUAGAAGACAUUGGCGGCGAGGUUGUUGUUGAGAACAGUUGUCCCGAAUGUGCAGCACACACAUUCAACAUCAAUGUACUAACUAGCUAUGGUACUGGGUGUGCACGCUUCCGUAGACCGUUAGCGUGUCUCGUUGGCUUGGGCAAACUCCACACAGUGCCUGAGAGCAAUACGGUGCUUGGCUUUGAGGCAACAUUUGAAGACCUGACGUACACGGAUGUGCUGAAUGCACUUGGUGUCCGUGCAGGCCGUGGCAUUGUUCAUAUUGACGACUCUGCUGUCCGCAGCCUCACCCUGAACUACACAACCAGUCCAGGCCAGGUCUGUACUGUUGGUAAUGCAUCACAUCCACUGCAAGACAGCAUUGCCGCUUCCGGAAGCCUGAACCUGUUCAGAAACAGGGCCGAUUUUACUUCAGACAUAAUGCUAGUGAAUGGUGUGCCAUCCAGUGUUCAGACGGAAUUGGACACAAUAUCUUUCAGACUUGGGCCAAUGACAUUCAGCCCACCGCAAGCACCGGAUACCAUGUCACAGGGACAGCUCCUUGUCAGAAUCUCUGCCAGUCUCCAGCAAACUGAUGUUCCUAUUGAUCUUCAUGGUGCUAUGGAAAUCACUAACAAAAUCACUUCAAACUCUACAAUGGCACAUCUCAAUGCAACUGGUUUCUACGCCAACGGCCAUGGUAACGUACUCUUUACAGCUUCAACAUUCACACUGCACACCAACUAUACACAAAACCGACGCCGAGAGAGCAUUGUCAACUGGGCACAUCUCAAACUACAGGCUUCUCUUGAUCAGACCGUCCUCACUAGGCUGGAAGAGGAGACGCUCAAGGUGCUGAAUGCCGCUCAACAGCGCCUGCAAGAUGCUAUCAAGAUGGCGGAAGACCUUCUGGAGGCAGCGCGUACAGCUGGCACAUCAACAACGGACCUAUCACGUGACCUGCUCAGUCUCAGAAAUAGGCUCAGUGCUAUCAAUAGUCUACUGGAGCAGGGUGGCAGUGUUGUGAAGAUACACAAUGUAGACUACCAUUCCAAGCUAACUCACCUUGUGUUUGACACUGACGUCAACAGCCAUAUCCACCUGACAAUUGGUGGUACUACGUCCAUGCUCAGCCUGGCUAUCAACUUGAAUGAGCUACCAGCAACCGCAGAUGCCAUAACUCGCCAGGUCUACCCAGAAUUUUUCUAAUUCGGACUCUCUCUCUCUUUCAUGCAUGUUUUUCAGGAACGAAUUCUCUCGUUCAGCUCAGAUUUCAACGCACAAUUAACCUGACCGCCUUCUGUUUCUCUUAUGCGUGCGUGAACUAUGUCACAGUAUCUUGCAGAGUUUGAUGUGUGUGCGCGUAUCGUGAUGACGAACUGAUCAACAUCACUACUACCAUUUAUUUUCAUCAAGAUCAAAACAUUCACAAGAUUUCCCUUUUCCUAUUUCCUCUUCUUCAAUACUCCCCGCAAUCACCGUCCACUGACAACAAUGUGGUACUGAUUUGA